AUGGAUAUCGACUUCCACCCCGGUGUCAACGGGUCCAAGCCUUAUGUCGACUUCUACCCAUAUACACCUUCUGCCACAGCAGGGUAUGCAUUCAUGGCCAUGUUUGGUGUCGCAACACUCUUCCAUCUUAUCUUGAUUUUUCCAUUUCGCGCUGCAUUUUUUAUUCCUCUCGUUCUAGGAGGCAUUUGUGAAACAUUUGGAUACUACGGUAGAGCAUUGUCUCAUAAGGAUAGAAGAGAAAUCUCUUCAUGGGCCCUCCAAGAAAUGCUCAUCCUUUGUGCCCCACCUCUCCUUGCUGCAACAGUCUACAUGGUCCUCGGUCGAAUCAUCCGCUCCUUCGACGCCGAACAUCUAGUCAGAAUGAGCCCCAAAAGAAUUACGGUCAUCUUCGUAUUGAACGAUGUACUUACUUUCUUCACGCAACUAGGCGGUGCUGGUGUUCAGGUCACUGGAGACGAGAAUAUCAUGGCCAUUGGCAAGAAAGUCGUCCUGGCAGGUCUGAUUUUCUCUCUGGUCGUGUUCUCCUUCUUCAUUUGGAUUGCCGUCAGCUUGCAUCAACGACUUCUGAGGAAUCCUACCAAUAUUUUGACCAUGAACAAUAUUAAUUGGCAGCAGUACAUGUGGACUUUGUACGCUGCCUGUUCUGCGUUAAUGCUUCGAAAUCUUGUUCGGACCAUUCAGUUCGGGGCGAGUAAGGAUUCAGCCCUGAAUCAGAAGGAGUUGUAUAUUUAUGUUUUUGAUGCAUUUCCUAUGUUCUUUUCUAUGGUUGUUUUAGGUGUCUAUCAUCCUGGUCUCCUAAUCAAGAAAGCUCGUCGGCUGGCGAAGGUUGCUGAUUUUCAUGAGCCUCUGAGGACGCCAGAUAUUCAGUUGACGCAGUAUUAG